UCCAAGGGAUUGCCCGGCAAAGGACUGAGAGAGUAACUAACAAGUAGAAGAAGAUGAUGAUGAUGAUGAUGGCUUCACAGAUGCGAUGUAGUUUUCCGGCGGUGCUCGUACUCUCCGCGCUUCUGUUGUUCCUCGCGCCUGAGAUAAUUCCGGUCGGCGAGGCGAUUUGGCUGAACGUGCCAGCGACGGGAACAAAGUGUGUCUCCGAGGAAAUUCAGAGCAACGUUGUCGUCUUGGUCGAUUACAUUGUCAUCUCGGAAGAUCAUUCCGCCUUGCCCACUGUCUCCGUCAAGGUGACUUCCCCAUAUGGUGACAAUCUGCAUCACCAGGAAAACGUAACGCAUGGUCAGUUUGCGUUCACAACCAAAGAGUCCGGAAACUAUUUGGCAUGCUUUUGGGCUGAUGGGCAUAGCCAUGGAAAUAAAGAUAUUAGCAUCAACCUCGACUGGAAAACCGGAAUCGCUGCCAAAGAUUGGGACUCAAUUGCCAAAAAGGAGAAGAUUGAGGGUGUUGAGCUGGAGCUCAGGAAGCUCGAAGGUGCAGUCGAGGCCAUCCACGAAAAUUUACUUUACCUUAAAACCAGAGAAGCUGAGAUGAGGACUGUGAGCGAAAAAACGAACUCACGGGUCGCGUGGCUUAGCAUAAUGUCGUUGGGAAUCUGCAUUGCCGGAUCGGGUUUACAGGUAGUAUACUUGAAGCAUUACUUCCAAAAGAAGAAGCUUAUAUAAAAGAAGAUCAAACACAUCCAUGGAAUUGUUCCUGGUUGAAAAGAGUACUUUAACCUGUCCUCAUCAUUUUUCACUCGUUUUCAUGCUGUAAAAUUUUGUCCACUGAUUUAGUUGUAGCUUCUCUGUUUAAACUUUAAAUUUGUGUGUUUCAUGUCCACUUUUUAACUUUGUAUCGAUUGAGGGCACCGAUUAAAUGUAGCGUGGAAGGUAAAUCUGAGAUUUCGUAAUGUUUUUACGGAUCUUAA